AUGAAGGCGAAGGGCUCGCGUCGGCGCGUGGAGCGCGAGCUCCUGGCGAUGCGAGACGAGGCCCAGCAGCAGGCGAGCGGGGGCGCGUAUCGCAGCAGCAGUCAUCGGGAUCGGGGAGCGUCGCGAAAGCAACAAGCAUUUUGCAACCCUUCCAAGAGCGACCGGUGA